GAGAGCCGGAACAGGAAGAGGGUACAGCUUUGUGCAGGUCAGAUGCCCACUGCAGCCCUUCAGCCUCUGGUCCCCAGAGCUGACAUUGGAAGCUGAACUGCCUUUGUUACUGGAAGACUUACAUUAUAAUUUACCCUGGGUGGACCGGGGCAUACAAAAGGGCAACGCUCCCCAGUCCCCCCACCCCUGACCCCGGAAUCAUGCAUCGGACUACACGGAUCAAAAUCACAGAGCUGAACCCCCACCUCAUGUGUGCCCUCUGCGGGGGGUACUUCAUUGAUGCCACCACUAUCGUGGAGUGCCUGCAUUCCUUCUGCAAAACCUGCAUCGUGCGCUACCUGGAGACCAACAAAUACUGCCCCAUGUGUGAUGUGCAGGUCCAUAAAACCCGGCCGCUGCUGAGCAUCAGGUCUGACAAAACCCUUCAAGACAUUGUCUACAAAUUGGUCCCUGGGCUUUUUAAAGAUGAGAUGAAACGGCGGCGGGAUUUCUAUGCAGCGUACCCCCUGACAGAGGUCCCCAACGGCUCCAAUGAGGACCGCGGCGAGGUCUUGGAGCAGGAGAAGGGGGCUCUGAGCGAUGAUGAGAUUGUCAGCCUCUCCAUCGAAUUCUACGAAGGUGCCAGGGACCGGGACGAGAAGAAGGGCCCCCUGGAGAAUGGGGAUGGGGACAAAGAGAAAACAGGGGUGCGCUUCCUGCGAUGCCCAGCAGCCAUGACCGUCAUGCAUCUCGCCAAGUUUCUCCGCAACAAGAUGGAUGUGCCCAGCAAGUACAAGGUGGAGGUUCUGUACGAGGACGAGCCACUGAAGGAAUACUACACCCUCAUGGACAUCGCCUACAUCUACCCCUGGCGGCGGAACGGGCCUCUUCCUCUCAAGUACCGUGUCCAGCCAGCCUGCAAGCGGCUCACCCUAGCCACGGUGCCCACCCCCUCCGAGGGCACCAACACCAGCGGGGCAUCCGAGUGUGAGUCAGUCAGCGACAAGGCUCCCAGCCCUGCCACCCUGCCAGCCACCUCCUCCUCCCUGCCCAGCCCAGCCACCCCAUCCCAUGGCUCUCCCAGCUCCCAUGGGCCUCCAGCCACCCACCCUACCUCCCCCACUCCCCCUUCGACAGCCAGUGGGGCCACCACAGCUGCCAAUGGGGGUACCUCGAACUGCCUGCAGACACCAUCCUCCACCAGCAGAGGGCGCAAGAUGACUGUCAACGGCGCUCCCGUGCCCCCCUUAACUUGAGGCCAGGGACCCUCUCCCUUCUUCCAGCCAAGCCUCUCCACUCCUUCCACUUUUUCUGGGCCCUUUUUUCCACCUCUUCUACUUUCCCCAGCUCUUCCCACCUUGGGGGUGGGGGGCGGGUUUUAUAAAUAAAUCUAUAUAUAUAUGUACAUAGGAAAAACCAAAUAUACAUACUUAUUUUCUAUGGA